AUGGCUGGAGGGAGUCCAGUGCCUAGCGUGCGGGGGAGCUCACCCCCGAAAAAAGAGACAACGAUGUGGAGCAUUGAUAAUAGAAUGAAGGUAGAUUGCGAAAAUAUUCCCCUGGCGGGUCUCCGAAAGGAGGAAGCCCGUCCGCUCACUUCGGUGGGCGGCUGCCCUCCGUAUGCAGGGGUGGGCAACAAUCGCCUCGUAGGCCGGCACGGUGCCGGUCUCCGUGAACACAACCUUGGCGCAACGAAAAUGGACUCUGAUACAAUUUGGAAUCAGGAUCUUGUCGAAUGGGAGGUGAAGGACUGCGACCUGAUGUCGCACUCCAACACCAAUGACCUUUGCGAGAACGCAGGAGAGUGCUCAAAUGACAAUUUGGGCACUUUAAGACUGAGAGGUGGUGGUUCACCGUCGCGAGACGAAAAGGGUCGUUUCGUCCAGAGAUCAGCCCCAAAAAAAUCCGCAGUGGCCACGGAGGAGCGUCCGCUAACGACGGUGCCCCCCUCGGACGGUGAGAUGUCGGAGCCCUCAACAAGUGCAGGGUCACGGAGUCGACUGAGGAGCCGGAGAUCGCUCCCGGACAUCCAAGUGCUUAUAACCCGCUGCGACUCUCCAGCUCCGAAGAGCUGCACAGGGUUUCAGGCUGCAACCGUAAAGGAAAAAGAGACGGGAGCCUGUGUAGGCGAAAAAGAGGCAAAUGGGCCAGCUGUUGAUGACCGGCAUGGAGAUGAUCAGCCUGAGUCAGACUCAGCCAUGAGUUGCUACUCAUUAAGUGACAGCGACAGACGAUUUUGGCGGAAACGCACUCUGAACGGCUCUGGCUCGGAAUCUGACGGGAUCGCCGAGAAGAACAAGUCGCAGUCCACAUCAAAGCGAGGUCGCGGUCAUGCCAUAAGCAAGACCCGAGAAACUAAAGCGGCGAGGGAAGAAUACCGCCGGCAGGCGGCUGAACACGCUGAGACGGAGUUGGAAAGCAUGACCAUCCGCAUGCGGCCAGCCGCGGAGCAUAGAGUCGCGCAUGGCACAGAGGCAGAGAGCCAGCUAAUGUCGGCUCUAAAUACGCAAGUGCUUGACAGCGUGGCUGUGGUGAACAGAGUGGUCGCUACGUCCGGGAACUUGAAGGGUACCUACCAGCGGAAGUUAAAGGACGCGGCCGCUGCGAUCACUGAUUUCGCCCAAGUGAUGCUUGAACGAACUACCACAGAGGAGACCAAGAUGCUGCAGCGGACUGUCGCUCGACUGCAAGCGCAGAUAUCAGACCUCCAAAAGGAGCAAGAGGAGCUUCGGAAUGAGCUGCGACUUGCCAGAGCAGCUCCGUCACCGCUGAUACCGGCAUCUCAGCAGUCGCUUGUGACGCCAUCUGGCGCGUCCCAAGAGGAAGCCGAGCGGACAAUGAUGAUGAGGGUGGGCAAAAUGGUAAACGCCCGUCUGGAAGCCUUAGAGGACAGGCUCCUUCCAGCUAAGACUGUGCGGCCACCGCUGGCCGCUGACAAAACAAAAAAGACGGCCCAACCUACCCCUAAUGUGGACAACAGGCAAAGAGGAACACCUAGUACAGCCCCAACGGUACAACCCGUCGCUGGACCUAGUGGGCUGAACAAGGCACCUGGCAAGACAAAAGCGCCUCCUACACCUUCCUCCACCGCACAAGAGGGCCCCAAAGGCAGGAAGCCAGGAAAGAAGAAGGGCAACAAGACAAGCUCACAGCCUGCCGCAGUUGCGGCCCCGAGAGAGCUCCAACCACUGCCUCCUGCGCCCGCAUCCUUGGGCCAGCAAUGGACUAAGGUGGUCAGCAAAGGGGCAAAAAAGAAGGCCGCUGCGCAGUCGAAAGCGCAGCCCGCAGAGAAGGCGAAGACCCGCCCUAAAUCAGGCCGUCGUAAUCUCCGUCCACCACGAUCGGCAGCAGUGGUACUGACGCUGCAACCGGAGGCGGAGGCAAGCGGGGCGACCUAUGCCAAGGUGCUGGCCGAGGCUAAGGCCAAAGUCAAUCUCGCGGACCUUGGCAUCUCGGUCCUGCAUUUCCGGCGAGCAGUCACCGGUGCACGGGUCCUGGAGCUGCCAGGAGUCACCAGUGACGAGAAGGCUGACAAACUGGCGCAGGAGCUGGCGGAGAAGUUGGGGGAGGGAGUCAAGAUCACCAGGCCGACGAAAUGUGCCGAACUCCGUCUGUCAAACCUGGAUGACUCUGUAACCCCGGAGGAGGUAGUCGCCGCUGUCGCCCGAGUUGGCGAAUGUGCCACAGACCGGGUGAAGACAGGGGGUAUUCGCCUGGACUAUAGUGGUCUCGGCACCGUGUGGGUGCGCUGCCCGGUUUCAGCGGCAAAAAAGGUGGCCGAUGGCGGUCGUUUACUGGUGGGGUGGUCCUCGGCACAGGUCAAACUGCUGGAGCCGAGGAUAAUGCGCUGUUUCCGCUGCCUGGAGUGCGGGCAUGUCAAGGCGCAGUGUCAGGCGCAAGUGGACCGCGGUGGACUGUGCUACCGUUGCGGAAAGCCUGAUCACAAGGCGGCGCAGUGCUCGGCGGCGCCUCAUUGUGCUCGAUGGCUCUCGGGUCUCCUCGCAGCUUUCUCAGGCGGCCACAACAACAACACCCGUGGCCCGCAAGGAGGCGGUAGAGGGAAUGGCCUUGGAUUAGUAAUGGCCAUCCGAUUCCUUCAGGCGAAUAUAAACCGUAACCCCAGAGCCCAGGACCUGCUGGCCCAAGGCCUGGCGGAGUGGCAGAUCGGUGUUGGAGUCAUUGCUGAGCCCUAUUCUGUCCCACCUAGGGACAAUUGGGCUGGAGAUUUGGACGGUCUAGCGGCAAUAGUCGUCAAUCCAUCCGCCGGUUCUCAACCGCUCCAAAAAGUGGAAAGGGGCCACGGAUACGUCGCAGCCUGGAUUGGGGACAUAAUGUUGGUCGGAGCGUAUUUUUCGCCAAAUCGGACCCUGGCCGAAUUUGAACAGUUUCUGGUGGAGGUUGGGGCCCUAAUCGGCAGAAGCUGCCCUGGCAUGGUGCUCGUGGCCGGAGAUCUCAACGCCAAGUCCAGGGCGUGGGGAUCCCCUGCAACGAGCCCCAAGGGAACGGAGCUGGAGGAGUGGGCGGUGUCGACUGGGCUGGUUGUUCUCAACCGAGGGUCGGUAAACACGUGCGUGCGGCAACAGGGUGGCUCCAUCGUGGACGUCACGUUCGCAAAUGCUACCCUGGCGCGCCGUGUUCGAGGUUGGGAGGUGCUGGGAUGUGAGACGUUGUCGGACCACCGAUAUAUUCGGUUUGAGAUCUCCACUUUUCCGGCAGACCCGAGCGGCCUAAAUCGGCCCUUGCGAAGAGAUGGCCCUCGUUGGGCGCUCAAGCGCCUGGACCGGGACAUACUAAUAGAGGCUGCUGUGGUGAAGGCCUGGUUGCCAGUCCCUGAGGGCCCAGUCGAGGUUGACGCGGAGGCGGAGAGGAUGGGAGGUGUCAUGGUUGAGGUAUGUGACGCGGCCAUGCCGCGGAUCGGCCCAAUCCCCCCAAAGCGUAAAGUGUACUGGUGGUCCGUAGAACUCGCGCAGCUGCGAGAGUCGUGCGUUGCUUCGAGACGCCAGUAUACUCACUGCCGGAGGCGUCGCAUCCGAAACGUGCCAGAGGAGGAGCGGCUAUAUGCUGCAUACUCGGUGGCCACCAAGCUGCUGCGGGGGGCGAUCAGCAGGGCAAAGGAAUUAGCCGAAGAGGAGAUGCUGGAAACUUUAAAUAACGAUCCGUGGGGAAGGCCGUAUAAAAUGGUGAGGCGCAAGCUUCGCUCCUGGGCCCCCCCACUCACGCAAAGUCUCCAGCCGCAGUUCCGUGAGCAGGUGGUCGGUGCUCUGUUCCCAACGAGAGACGAGCACGUACCCCCACCCAUGAUACCUCCAAGGGGAAGGGUAGCAGAUGUGGGUGAGGCGCCGGAAGUAACGGAGGGUGAAUUAGGGGCAGCGGUGCUACGGCUCCGAGCCAAAAACACUGCCCCUGGCCCCGACGGAGUACCCGGUCGGGCCUGGGUUCUGGCCUUAGGCCCGCUUGAGCCACGCUUGAGGGCGCUUUUCAGCGGUUGCUUGGCGCAGGGACGGUUUCCUCGUGUGUGGAAGUCAGGGAAACUUGUCCUUCUGCGGAAGGAGGGGCGACCACCAGACUCACCCUCGGCCUAUAGGCCGAUAGUGUUACUGGACGAGGCUAGCAAGCUUCUGGAACGCGUGGUGGCUGCUCGUCUCGUACGUCAUCUUGAGGGGGAGGGUCCGGACCUCAGUGUCCAUCAGUUCGGUUUCCGUCGGGGCAGGUCCACCAUUGACGCAAUUGCGAGGGUGAAGGAUCUGGCGGACGAAGCAGUGUCCCGGGGUCAUGUGGUUUUGGCGGUGUCUCUUGACAUCGCCAACGCAUUUAACUCCCUGCCUUGGGCUUGCAUCAAGGCUGCACUGAGGCGCCAUGUCGUGCCAGAGUAUCUGCGGAAGACGGUGGAGGAUUAUCUCACCGAUAGAACCGUCAGGUACCCUGCGCGCGGUGAUUGGGAGGAGAAGGAGCUGUCGUGUGGCGUUCCACAGGGGUCUGUUCUAGGACCACUCCUGUGGAACAUCGGAUACGACUGGGUGUUGAGGGGGGCCAACUUGCCGGGGGUCAGCGUGACCUGUUACGCCGACGAUACUCUGGUGACGGCUCGCGGCAGCACCUUCAGGGAGGCAUCAAUUCGGGCCACGGCGGGAGUGGCGUCGGUUGUGGCCCGAAUUAGGAGGCUGGGGCUGGAGGUGGCUUUGAACAAAUCUGAGGCCCUGUGUUUCCAUGGGCCCCGGAAGGCCCCUCCGGCGGGUUCUAGCCUAAUAGUGGGGGGAGCGUCCAUCACGGUCAAGUCGACAAUGCGGUACCUGGGCAUAGUCCUUGACAGCCGUUGGACGUUCAAAAAACACUUUGAGGGCCUUGCUCCCAAACUAAUAGGGGCGGCGUCGGCUCUUAGCCGACUUCUACCCAACGUCGGCGGGCCGAACGUGGGCGGUAGGAAACUGUACGCGGGGGUGGUGCGGUCGAUGGCCCUGUACGGCGCGCCCAUCUGGGCCGAUUCCCUGACCGCCGAAAAUAAGGCCCAAUUGCGAAGGCCGCAGCGGGUAAUGGCGGUCAGGAUGGCGAGGGCGUAUCGCAGCGUCUCCCACGGGGCAGCGUGCGUGUUGGCGGGGACUCCGCCUUGGGACCUCGACGCAGCGGUGUUAGCUGAUAUUUAUUGGCGUGUCACCGAGGCGCGGGCCAGGGGGGUCCAACCACCUCUGGAGGAGGUCAGACGGUGGAGACUUGACUCCCGUCGAGUGCUCCUCCAGAAGUGGAAAGAGCGACUGGAGGCGCCUAGCGCCGGCCACUGGACCAUCGAAGCCAUUCGACCUGUCCUGGAGAGAUGGAUCGGAAGAAAGGGGGGGCUCCUCUCCUUCCACCUUACCCAGGUCCUCUCGGGGCAUGGUUGCUUCGGGAGAUACCUGUGUAGGAGGGCGGGACGGGAACCGACAAUGCAGUGUCACGACUGCGGCGACGCUGAAGAUACGGCGUUACACACGCUGGCGGUGUGCCCAGCGUGGGCAGAGCAGCGGGCCGCACUCGUGGCUGUAGUAGGUAGAGACCUUUCCUUGCCUGCGGUGGUAAGAGCCAUGAUUGGUGGGGAGAGGCGAUGGGAAGCUGUAGCCUCCUUCUGCGAGGACGUGAUGGCGCAGAAGGAGGCGGCGGAGCGCGGCAGGGAGGAGGAUCCGGCCUCUCAGCCAAUGCGCCGCAAGCGCGUGGGGCGGCGGCGGUUGGCAUACGACCGCCGAUUACCCCCAUAAGGGUACCUGUGGGCGGCAGGCUCGGGGACAUCUGCCGCCUACACUAGGGUCCCUGCGUGGGCGGGCGCGACGUUUAUCAACGCGCUCACUGAGGUGGAGGGGUG